UCUAUCGCUAUGUAACAAGUUGCUCAGUAAAUCGUACACCUCGUUGGAUCCGCGCCUGGUGUGACAGCAGGUUUGACCUUAGAUGAUGGAGCGAUGUCAUGUUUGAAUAAGUAGCGUACUAUGACAGUCGUUCACGGUGUAUUCAGACCAGCGUGUGAUAUAGAACGCCGGAACAUUCCUCGUGUUGUAUCUAUCCCCACGACAACCACGCCCCCUCCAGGCCCCCGGGGAUCUGUUAAACUAGACAAAUCGGGAUGGCGGAGAAUAGGAAAAUCUUUUCUAUUAAAAACACACCAGAAUAUGGACGCCAAGUUUGAAUAAGUGAGGAUGGACUCUUGGAAUAUGGACUGGGUGUGCGAGGAGGGACGUGCAUUAUACAAUGGAACAAAUUUCAGAUUUGUGAUGAAAUUAUGUUGGAAUAUAUCAAGAUUCAACGCCUCCCACCGGCACAAUUCUUCCUUUGUGCCUGGUUUGGAUGGCCUGGACGAAUUACAAAGCCUGAGGAGACCGGAAACAAUCGUUACGUUCAUUCUCUGUGUCCUAGCAUUGCUGUUCAACGUUUUGUCCAUCAUGGCUACGUCGCAAAUUUCUACGACGUCACACACAAAAGUGAUAAUAAGUCUCGCAGCUUCCGAUAUUCUCGUCUCAGUCAGCGUAUUUAUGCACGUCAUCAACAGUCACUUAAAUGUACCGACACACACUCUCGAUCCCGAUCCUAAUUCGCGUCUCCUUACCGCUUGUAUUCAAUUCUGUGUCAUUUCUUUUAAUAACAUGGCUAAUCUCAUGUCUCUAUUGAAUCUCUUGGCCAUGGCUAUCGAUCACUACAUCGCCAUCUUGAUGCCUUACCGCUAUAUACAUCUAAUGAGCAGAUGGCGGACUAAUUCCAUGAUUGCCAUUCUGUGGGUGAUCGGCUUUCUGUGUGGUUUCUCUUCUUUUUUUGGAGGAUUUCAAAAAUCAGAGGAAUUCCAGUAUUUGAAUUUUUGUGAAAUUACGAACUAUUCCGACUUUCAUUCCGAGUAUUUUGUGAUAUUUACAGCCGGGGUGUGUUCCGUGGUUAUGCUUUGCAUUUACAUACGAAUAUUCUGCGUCGUUCGACGCGUCAGCACAGAAUGCACCACAUUACACAAGGACGGACUACACAACACGAAAGCACUGCGGACCUCGGCUCUUAUCAUCGGAACAUUUGUUGUGUGUUGGUUUCCAAAUUUAGUCUUCCAAAUCAGUGUUCUGAUUCAAUUACAUACAUUAGACAGUAGAAACAAGGUUUACGAGACGCUUUUUCGCGCCAAUAGAUAUUUAUACAUGCUUAUCGUUGUGAAUUCUGUGUGCGACCCUAUAAUAUAUGCAGCGAGGUUACGAAUAGUUCAGAAAGGAUACUUCCGGUUGUUGGCGCGCUUUUGUGGAUACCAUCACCACACACUGCAGGACGAUGUCCAAUAUAGUCAAUCCAAAAUGGAGUUACUGGCCAGAAAACGUUCCACACUGGUCACUGAACACCGGGAAUCCCACGCCGAAAUUCAGACGAUGUUGUAAAUUGUGUUUGUAUAGCUUGUAUGUCAUACGGAUUAUGUUAUAAAUUCUAAGUGUAUUUUAAACGAGCCUUGGUAUAAAUCCCAUCUGUGGUUGUGUAUGAUUUCUCUACAGAUUGUAAUUGUAUUUAUAUGCAGAACAUGAUUUAAAUUUUGUCUGUGUUUGUCUAUAUGUACCGUGUACAGACCGCGUUUUUAAUUCUGAUUGUUGUAUGUGUUUGAUACAGACUGCUUUUCGUACAUUUAAUGUAUUUCUCGCUGUCAGACCGGUUAAGUUUUACGAUAUGUUAUCCAUGGUGCGCAGUAUAUUUGAUUAACAUCUUUUACCAC